UCGGAGGCGGCGCCUCCUUCUCGCUCCGUGCUUGGCUUCGGCCCGCAGCUGGUGGCGGAAGUGAGAGAGCCGGCCAUGGCGCAGGGGAAGCAGAAGUUCCAGGCGCGCAAGGCGGCCGCCUCCGCGGGGAAGAAGGCGGCGGUUGCCCGGGGGCCGCGCAAGGGAGGCCGUGUAAUUGCUCCCAAGAAGGCUCGUGUGAUCCAGCAGCAGAAACUGAAGAAGAAUUUGGAGGUCGGCAUCCGUAAAAAGAUUGAGCAGGAGGUGGUGAUGAAGGCCAGUGCUAAGCUACCCAAGAAACUGAGCGUGCUGAAGGCCCCUAAAGCAGAAGCCAAGAAAGAGCCUGGCCAGUCCAGCAAGUCUUAGCUGUGAUCUGUGCACCUGGGCGUGUGUCUCUGGGCUGUAAGACGCCCCUGCAUGACUCUGUCCCCUUCAUCUGCAUUGUCAGGAGUUCACAGGGCCUGUAGAUUGCUCAGUGUGGCGGUAUUUCUGUUGGGGAAGACGAAGCGCUUUUCUUUCGCACAAGAAUCCACAUUCUUUUCGCACAAGAAUCCACAUAUCGUUUCCCCAAAUUAGGAGAGGAGCUUCAGUUUUCAUCUCUGCCUUGUAGGAAGUUGAUUUUGUUCAGGACUCAGCAGUUUUCCUAUUUUAUAUUUGGAUUUGUUUUGUCUUUAAUGACUUCAGUGGAAGUCACCCUCUUACGAACUUAGUGUUGGACUGGGCAGAGUUUUUAGCAGCUACUGGAGGCUGCCAUUUAAUCUGGGGUUUCAGCAGCACCAGGUUAACGGAGUCAGACUAGAAGUCAAAAUCUCAUACCUGCAUGCAAAAGCGGAUUGGGAUUUGCCACACACAUACACGCACCUCAUGUUCCUUCCUGAUAUUUGCAUGUUGGAUUUAAUGUAGGCCUAUAAAUAUAGAAUCCAAUGCACAUAGGCCUAUCUUUGGGGUCUGUAUAGUUUUGCAUGGAUUAAGCCUACGCUCAUUUAGAUUUGCACGUAUAGGCUUGGAGCCCAACGUUUGUAUAUCAGGUAGGCGUUGGAAGGCUAGCAUGACCCCAAUUCGCCAUUUGUGUAUUGGACUUGAAUGUCUGCCUAAGACUUGACUCAGUCUGAUCGAGAGCCAGAGAUAGCAGCUUGAGCUUCUGGAUCUUAAAUGUUCCUGGAAACUAUCUUGGUUUACUCACACUUCUGUGUUUGUGAAUUAUCUUGAGGAAAGGGUCCCUCUGUCUCUCUCUGCUUAUACUUAUACUUCUGAUCAGUACAAAGGGCUAGUAAUGUCUUACUGCUUGUCCCUCUUACAAAGCUUCAAAAAAAAUAUGUGCAGAACGUCUCUGGAGGCUCCUUCAUACUCUUUCCAUAUGUUUGAUCCCACGGCAAAGCACUCUUGAGGAUGAACCUCUAGUUAAGGGACAUUUUCAGAUCAGCAAUUCCAAACCUAAAGUAUUUUUUAAAAAUUAAGCUGUUCCUGUAAACAACUGUAAAUGUUUGUUUUGUAACAAAACUGUCUUUGCACAGCUUUUAAUAAAUUUAUUGCCUGAGAAGUGCA